UCAGUCCAGCUGCUGCCAUGAGCCGCCCCAGCCGGCUGCAGAGGCAAGUUUUGAGCUUGUACCGCGAGCUGCUGCGCGCCGGGCGCGGGAAACCGGGCGCCGAGGCGCGAGUGCGGGCCGAGUUCCGGCAGCACGCCUGCUUGCCGCGCUCCGACGUGCUGCGUAUCGAGUACCUGUACCGCCGCGGGCGGCGCCAGCUGCAGCUAUUACGCUCCGGCCACGCCACGGCCAUGGGUGCCUUCGUGCGCCUGCGAGGUCCAACCGAGGAGGCCAGCGGCGCGGGGACCCCAGGGACCCAGCCUGAUAAUGCUGGUGGUCCGAGGAACCCCCUCAACAGCACGGGGUCACCAGAGAACCCUCUCGAUGGGCGAUGACAGGCCGAGCAGCUCACCCGAUAGCACAGGGGAACCGAGGACCCGCCUGACUGCGUGGGGGAACCGGGGAGCCCAUCUGACGGAGGGUGAGAUGUCUUGAGAAGACCAGCUGGGUGGAUUGGGGAUGUCGGAGAGCCCUCCUAGCGACGUGGGGUCCUAGAAACCCCCAUGAUGGAUGCUGAGAGAUUCCCGACCUUGCCCGAUCCUUGAUAACGGGUCGAACUUCCCCAUUAGGGUUUGGGGCGGCGUGGUUGCCGGCUGGCUGAACUGUGACAAGCUGAAAGCUUCUUACCUGACCGCUUGGGGAGCCAGGACGCCCACCGUCGGACAGAAAGAAGAGACACCCUUCUCUUGACCCCAGGCUCCCCUCUCUUUUAUGUAACUCUGAGAAGAGCAUACUUUUUGCUGAGAAGUUUGGGAAGAUGGAUGGUGAGAAGCCCCGAAUCCCCCUUUGGAAAACUUUCUUCCCAUUAAUUGCUGCAGACUAGGACCUGGGAGGAAGGGCCUGGGGUAUCUUACCCCCAUCUGAUCAACUAAAGACCCCUCAAGACCUAUACUUGGUGAUUCUAAAGGGGAACCCUGACUCCUGUGCCCUUAUCUCAGGACUGUUAAAAAAAAAAAAGAAUAAAAUCGGGGCUGUGAUUA